GACGCUCUGUCCCACGCUCUCCCAGCGCUCGGUGGUUUAAAGAUGGCGGCGGCGGCGGCGGCGUUGGGGGCGCGGAGUCGCGGGAGGAGCGAGAAGGACAAUCUGUGAGUCGCCGAGAGGCAGCGCGGCGGCUGCUUUGAGGAGUCCGCGUGCGGAACCGCCGACGGCCCUACCGCUCGGGGCCGGGGCCUGGGCUGGGAAGGAGAGGCCGAAGCAGCGCCGGGAGCCCGAGGCCGAAGCCGAGUAGGAAUGUGACCUGGGGUCGGCGGGGGCGCGGGAGUACACGAGCGCAGGGAUGGGGCAGCAGGUGGGCCGCGUUGGGGAGGCUCCCGGGCUUCAGCAGCCGCAACCUCGCGGGAUCCGGGUCAGCAGUACAGCCAGGCCCUCCGGCCGCAGGCGGGACCUGGCGGGGCGCACCACAGAGGCCGGCUUCAAUAUCUUCACCCAGCAUGAUCACUUUGCCAGCUGUGUGGAGGAUGGCUUUGAGGGAGACAAGACUGGAGGCAGUAGUCCAGAAGCCUUGCACCGCCCCUAUGGUUGUGAUGUUGAACCCCAGGCACUGAAUGAAGCCAUCCGGUGGAGCUCCAAGGAGAACUUACUUGGAGCCACUGAAAGUGACCCUAAUCUCUUUGUUGCACUUUACGAUUUCGUAGCCAGUGGUGAUAACACACUCAGCAUCACUAAAGGUGAAAAGCUUCGAGUCCUUGGUUAUAACCAGAAUGGUGAGUGGAGUGAAGUUCGCUCCAAGAAUGGACAAGGUUGGGUGCCAAGCAACUACAUCACCCCAGUGAACAGCUUGGAAAAACAUUCCUGGUACCAUGGACCCGUGUCACGCAGUGCAGCGGAGUAUCUACUCAGCAGUCUAAUCAAUGGCAGUUUCCUGGUGCGAGAAAGUGAGAGCAGCCCCGGGCAGCUGUCGAUCUCGCUCAGGUACGAGGGGCGUGUAUAUCACUACAGGAUCAAUACGACCACAGAUGGCAAGGUGUACGUCACUGCGGAGAGCCGCUUUAGCACCCUGGCAGAGCUCGUGCACCAUCACUCCACGGUGGCUGAUGGGCUGGUGACAACGUUACAUUACCCGGCGCCCAAGUGUAAUAAGCCCACAGUCUAUGGUGUGUCCCCCAUCCAUGACAAAUGGGAAAUGGAACGAACGGAUAUUACCAUGAAGCACAAGCUUGGGGGUGGUCAGUACGGAGAAGUUUAUGUUGGAGUCUGGAAGAAAUACAGCCUUACGGUUGCUGUGAAGACGUUGAAGGAAGAUACCAUGGAGGUGGAAGAGUUCCUGAAGGAAGCUGCAGUGAUGAAGGAAAUCAAGCAUCCUAAUCUGGUCCAACUAUUAGGUGUGUGUACUUUGGAGCCACCAUUUUACAUCGUGACUGAGUACAUGCCGUAUGGCAACUUGCUCGAUUAUCUCCGAGAAUGCAGCCGAGAAGAGGUGACUGCGGUGGUCCUGCUGUACAUGGCCACUCAGAUCUCCUCUGCAAUGGAGUAUCUAGAGAAGAAGAAUUUCAUCCAUAGAGAUCUCGCAGCCCGUAACUGCCUCGUAGGAGAAAACCAUGUGGUGAAAGUGGCCGACUUUGGCUUAAGUAGAUUGAUGACGGGAGACACCUAUACUGCGCAUGCUGGAGCCAAAUUUCCUAUUAAAUGGACAGCACCAGAGAGUCUUGCCUACAAUACCUUCUCAAUUAAAUCUGACGUCUGGGCUUUUGGGGUACUGUUGUGGGAAAUUGCUACAUAUGGAAUGUCACCGUAUCCAGGCAUUGACCUGUCUCAGGUGUAUGAUCUACUGGAGAAAGGAUAUCGAAUGGAACAACCUGAAGGAUGCCCCCCUAAGGUUUAUGAACUUAUGAGAGCAUGCUGGAAGUGGAGCCCUGCUGACCGGCCAUCUUUUGCUGAAACACAUCAGGCUUUUGAAACCAUGUUCCAUGACUCCAGCAUUUCCGAAGAGGUAGCUGAGGAGCUUGGGAGAGCCGCCUCCUCCUCAUCUGUUGUUCCAUACCUGCCCCGACUGCCUAUACUUCCUUCCAAGAUGCGGACGCUGAAGAAACAGGUGGAGAACAAGGAGAACAUCGAAGGGGUACAGGACGCCACAGAAAAUUCUGCUUCUAGUUCAGCACCAGGGUUCCUUAGAGGUGCACAGGCCCCCACUGGGUCCCCAGCACUGCCUCGAAAACAAAGAGACAAGUCACCCAGCAGCCUCUUGGAAGAUGCCAAAGAGACAUGCUUCACCAGAGACAGGAAGGGAGGCUUCUUCAGCUCCUUCAUGAAAAAGAGAAAUGCUCCCACACCCCCCAAACGCAGCAGCUCCUUCCGAGAAAUGGAGAAUCAACCCCACAAGAAAUAUGAGCUCACGGGGCUUCCAGAGCAGGAUAGGAUGGCAAUGACCCUUCCCAGGAACUGCCAGAGGUCCAAACUCCAGCUGGAAAGGACAGUGUCCACCUCUUCUCAGCCAGAAGAGAAUGUGGACAGGGCCAAUGACAUGCUUCCAAAAAAAUCAGAGGAAGGUGCUGCUCCAAGCAGGGAGAGACCAAAAGCCAAACUUUUGCCCAGAGGAGCCGCGGCUCUUCCUCUCAGAACCCCCUCUGGGGAUCCAGCCAUUACAGAGAAGGACUCUCCAGGGGCCGGGGUGGCUGGAGUGGCAGCUGCCCCAAAGAGCAAGGAGAGGAAUGGUGGGGCGCGACUCGGCAUGGCUGGAGUCCCAGAGGACGGCGAUCAGACGGGCUGGUCUUCUCCGGCCAAGGCUGCAGCAGCCCUCCCAACCACUCACAACCACAAAGUGCCAGUCCUUAUCUCACCCACUCUGAAGCACACUCCCGCUGAUGUGCAGCUCAUUGGCACAGACUCUCAGGGCAAUAAAUUCAAACUCUUAUCUGAGCAUCAGGUCACAUCCUCUGGAGACAAGGACCGACCCCGACGGGUAAAACCAAAGUGUGCCCCACCCCCGCCCCCAGUGAUGAGACUACUGCAGCAUCCGUCCUUGUGCUCAGACCCCGCGGAAGAGCCGACCGCCCCGACUGCAGGACAGCCCGCACCAGAAACACAGGAAGGCGGGAAGAAGGCCGCUCCGGGGGCAGUGCCUGGAGGUGGGAAAGCCGGGAGGCCAGUGAUGCCUCCGCCUCAAGUGCCUCUGCCCACAUCUUCCAUCUCGCCGGCCAGAAUGGCUAAUGGCACAGCAGGUACUAAAGUGGCCCUGAGAAAAGCCAAACAGGCGGCGGAGAAGAUCUCAGCAGACAAAAUCAGCAAAGAGGCCCUGCUGGAAUGUGCUGACCUACUGUCCAGUGCCAUCACAGAACCUGUGCCCAACAGCCAGCUGGUGGACACUGGCCACCAGCUCCUUGACUACUGCUCAGGCUAUGUGGACUGCAUCCCUCAGACGCGUAACAAAUUUGCCUUCCGAGAGGCUGUGAGCAAACUGGAACUCAGCCUGCAGGAGCUGCAGGUGUCUUCGGCUGCUGCCGGGCUGCCCGGGGCCAACCCUGUCCUUAAUAACUUAUUGUCAUGUGUGCAGGAGAUCAGCGACGUGGUGCAGAGGUAGCCACUGUGAGCCUCGUGGGAAGAUGCUCACAGUUCUGAGGGGAGAGGGGGAGGGGCUUGUUUUCCUGUGUUCUUGUUUUCAAAAAAUGAAAGACUGAUACUUGAGUGUGUUUAUGUGAAGUACCUCAGAUCUCUGAGUUCUCACGUUUACAGGUUCAUCUCAAAAAUAACAAAAAGCAAAACAUGCAGGACAGGGAAAUGAGAUGGGGAGACGGAGCAGUCGUGGACAGGAUUGGAAGGUGCCCCGGAACAUCAGGGAACGUGUGUGUGUCAGGCCGCGAAGAACCCAGUCCAGGCCGCUCCUACCCAGAAUGCUGCGCGGUGGUGUCGUGGGGCUGCUCUCGGCAAGGCUGCAGGCCCGUGCCUGCCCGGGGACUGGCCGUGGCACUCACUCCGCACCUCACACAGGAGGGUUGACUUGCGGCUCCACUAGGUACUAUCCGUAAUGUCGCGCCGCCUCGCCAAGUGAAUGGGGUGGGACAGAAGAAGGGAAAGCUGGGAAUGUACCGAGGGACCUUUUCUUUGAGGCUGCUGAGCGCAGCUGUUUCUGCAGAGCUCCCUGCAGUAGUAGGAACUGCAGAUUAGAUCGCUGGGUGUGCUCCCGUCCUCUUCCCCAUGGUGUGCUAGUUGGUGCAGGAAGUAAAAGAAUGCUAGGAAGUAGUCAGGGAGAUUGAAACCUCCUCCUCACAUCUUCUCCACUGAUGAGCAGAAGUCCUUUCUCCCAGUUUUGCGAUUUCCUAAUGGACCAGUCAUUGGGUUUCUACUUGCUGGUGCCCAUCUAUAAAUCAUAGGCAUAGGGGUCUCCUUAGUGGUUCUUCUCUGCUCUGCACUGGGCAGGCUGUCUUCCUUUAUCUCUGGCAGUAUUCGGGGCAUUAACCAAUGCUGAUUUUGAAAAUGGUGGUCAUGUACAGGUUCUCUUGGGAAUCCUUUUUUGAUACGGUGUCCCUGCAUACCGACAUACUGGCCAAGGAAUUGAGCAGCUCUGCAUUUUUUUAAUCAGCUAAAAUACCAGGGAGGGAGGUCUCUUCUUGGAAUCCAACAGCCAGGUUCAGAUGUCUGUGACAGAGUUUUCGAGAGGCUAACUUGGUCCCAAUCACUGUUCCUCUAUACCUUUCUCCUCCCUUAUCACCUUAGAUCCAGGCUAGGUAGAGGAUAAGGAGAAACAUUCUCUCACUCUCUGUGGAUUUCAAGUGAAUCACCCCAAAUUAUUCUCCUGUGCUUCUCUCCUUUCACAUAUCCUCCUCCCCCUUGUUGUUGUGCUUGUCUGUAAAUAUCCUAUUGGGAAAACUCUUUGAUAUUUAUUUUGUCAUUUCACCUCUCCUUGAAAAAUGCGUAAUUGAGGGGGCAGGUCAUUUCCAGGAAACACUGAUUAAAUCCUAGAAACCUAAUGACUUAACCCCCAAAUGUGUUUUGCCUUGAAAAAUGGGCCUUUUCCUUUCCUGUUCAGUUACUGUUAUGGAAGCUAAUUAGGAUCAUAUGAACUGAACCUAAUCAAUUAGAUAUUACUAAUAUUCUUGAUAUCAAGUCUAAUUUUAAUUAACACUUCAUUCUCUUUUUAAAGCUUUACAACCACCUCCCACACCUGCCCAAGGAGAACCUGAUACAAGAGAAUAAAUACAUUAUUUUCCUCCCAAAGGAAUAUUAACUUAGGAAGAUAGGAAUUGAACACUGAUGGCCUGUGAGUUUUCUUCCUGGCUCUGUUAUCAAUCCACUGUCAAGCCACAGCUCCAUCUCUUAAUCUGUUAAAUGAAGGUAGUGCUACAUCUUCUUAAGGGCCAUUUGCAAAUAAGUGUAUAGCUAUCCCUUUGAGAGCCGUUUCAGUGCAGCCUUGUUACGUUGAAUGAUUUGCAUUCUCUUCUUUGCUCAGUAGUAGGUAGUGGAAAUGUUGAAGUUCCGAGAUGAUGCUAACUGGGCUAGAAUACUAAGGAGGAAGAACUAUGUUUUGGACAGAGUUUGUCAUCUUUGACCAAGGAGGAAAUUCAGUUUUCAUUAGACAGAAAACCCUGAUUCUUACUGUGGCUGCUCUGAAGGAGGCCCAGGCCAGGAGCAGGGUAGGAAGGGAGGAGACAAUCCUGGGCCUUCCUGGGAGGGUGUGGAUGAGCCGUGGCCAGAGGUUACUGACAGGCAGCACAGGCUGCUAGCGAUCCAGCAGAGUUCCCUUUAACCUGGACAUGGGCCCAUGGUCCUCCCACCUUCCUCUCUGCCACUCCCCUUCAGCAGUCAUUUCCGUGAACUUGAAAUUGUUUUAGCCAUUAGCCUUUUUUAAGGGUGGGACAGGGAAAGCUAAAACUUUAGAGUAUUAUGCUGCUUUUUAAGUUUAUCUGUCAUUGUGGGAUGCAAGUUGAUGGGUUAAUUAUAAUUGUGUUUUUUCAGGGGACUUUUUUUUUUUUUUUUUUUUUUUUUUUUAAAGCAGGGGAUCUUUCCUUGAGAGCUCUGAAAAUAAGCCUUGGAGGAACACUGCUGAGUGUGUGUAAGCUCCCUGGUUUUCUCAUAGCAGAACAGUCUUGAGGACGGGGACAGUGUCUUACUCAGGGGCAGCACCUGGCUCUGUCUUGCCUGCAGUAGGUGCUCAAUAAGUUCAUGAAAUGAAUUUGCUUUUCCUCAGCACUGUCAAGAGCAGCAUGAACGAUUAUAGCACAGCCCAUCCGCAUGAUGCUUGAACUGUGUGGGACUCCAGGGUCAAGUGUCAACUUACUCUAAAAAUAUCAUUUAGAUUGCUCCUUUUUCUAAUAGAAAAGGAUCAGAUUUUAAAAUAACCUUAUGUAAAUUUAAAAGUUUGAAUUCACAGCAGAGAAAACUGCUUCUCCAAACUAAAAACAUAGUCUUCUUUAAAAGCAAAGCCAGGAGCACGAGGCCUUCUGCAAGUGUUGACAACUUUCUAAAGUGGUUGAUCAAUGUGCAUACCUUUGGGCUGGCACCGUUUACGUCCUUUCACCUAUGGAUAAUAGGGUUUCAGUUUAGAUUUCUUACCUUAAAGUGCAGUGUUUUGUGUAGAAUACAUCUUGAUUAUGCUUUACAUGAAGUAUUUUCUUAAAAGGCUUUGUGUAAAAUUAAAGUGUGUAUAUUUUCCUACAGACUUCCAUUGUGAUUUUCAGAGAUAACAGCCUUAAAAAUAUUGGCCCUGAGAAAUUCAUUCAGUGUUUUUCCAAAUGAACCCCUGUUCAUUGAUAUCAUUAGAGACCCUUUGCCAGUUGUAUUUUGGGGUUUAAAUUAGAAUUUUCUUACAAUGCAAUUGAAAAUUGGCUAGUAAGAUAGUGCCCAGCUAACAAAACAUGCUGACUUUGGUAAGGUGUAGCCCAUUUUUAUUUAACUAAAGUCAUGGAGCUUUUGAGUUUUAAAGGAUAGUGAUUAAGAGUUGAGACUCUGAAGCCAGUCUAGAAGGCAAGUCAUUUAACCUUCCUGAGCCUUAGUUUCCACAUUGGAAAACAGGGAUAAUAAUAGUAACUACCUCAGGGUUGUUGUAAGGAUUCAAUGAGAUAAUGUAUGUAAGAUACUCAGUUUGAGUGCCUGGCACAUAACGGGCGCUCUGUAAGUGGGCGCUGCUCCUGCUGUUAUUAACACUUAGUCUGGUGAAUCUUGGCCGGGGAUGGGCAAUGAAAUCCCUGGCAUUUAAAACAGUCUGAUGCAUUGGCUUACCCCAGACCAGACUUCCCAGUGGGGUGAGAUCUCAGCUGAGAACCCCUCCAGGUGUUUUAGAUACCCAGCACUGUCUGAACACUGUCAGGACCCCGGCCCUUUUCGUCACAGCUUCAGAAAUUGGAAGAGAGCAUGGUGAAGUUACUUGCCCACUGUCUCAGUUAGUGAGUGGCAGAGCCAAGGCUAUAUUGGGUUCAGGUCUCUGGACUUGCUGGUUGUGGGGUCUUUCCACCUUUCCUGCUGCCUUGUGGGAUACUGCAAAAAAAAAGUGGCUCACACAGACAAUCAGUCUGCACAGUGCUACACACUUUCUAAAGCACAUGCGCCUGGCACUCUCUGACCUUAGGGUCUUGAAUGUUGAGUCAUGGCAACACAGCGAAGUAGGUAUUCAGUAGAGCUCAGUAUUUAGGAAAAUGUGUGGGGUCAUUCUUUUGGACAGACCCUGGCAACACAGCAGUAGUCUGCACUUUGUAAUAAAGAAAUACCAACUUGAGUUUUAAAAAACCUAGUCCUACAUUCCUUUUUCUUAAAAAUAAAACUUUAUUCCAUAUCAUUUUAAUGACUAUGAGGUAAUAUAUAUGAAAGCACUUUGAGAAAAGUAUCAAAUGCAAUUUAACUAUAAGGUUGUAUUAUUACUGUCUAUAUUUAGAAGAUCAAACAGUCGGUUAGAUGCUGAUUAACUUAAUAGGCUUUUGCCUGUGGGAGACCAGAAAAUGCAAAUAUAUAAGUAAUCACCCCAAGACUUACCACAUUUGUAAAUAGGAAACUAUUAAAUGAAUAUGUGCAGGCAUAGUAAGUGUUUCGCUAAAAUUGUAGCUCAGCCGAAUUACUUCAAAAAACUGCGGACCAACUUUCUGGUUUAAAGAUUUUAUUUAUUUAUUUGAGAGAGAGAGAACAGGGGGAGGGGUUGAGGGAGAAGCAGACUCCCCGCUGAGCAGGGAGCCCGAUGAGGGACUCGAUCCCAGGACCCUGGGAUCAGGACCAGAGCUGAAGGCAGCCGCUUAACUGACGGAGCCACCCAGGUGCCCACAACUUUCUGGUUCAAUUGUAAUCAUUAAAAAGUAGUAAUACAGCAGCUCUUCCAGGGACCUUGACUCAGGAAGAAUUGAGGCCCUCUUUUCCUUGACCGUUUUUCCACAACGUGUUCAGACAGCAUCCCGACAUGGCGGGCGCAGACUCGUACCUGUGAUGUUGACAGUGUCUUUUUAUACUGAUGUCCAGUGUGGUUUUGUUGGGGGCUUUGGGAGGGGAGGAGAGGGGUGGGAUCAGAUGGCUGUAGAACCAGUGCACUUUGGGAAUUAGUUUUCUAGGAUUUCCUGCCAGUUAGAAAUGAGCUUGACAUUCAUCGUCUGUGUGUGUGUGUGUUUCUGAAAUGAAUAGCCAAACAAUUUGCCUAUUAGAUUAUAAAAUACCCCAGAGUAAAUUGCAUUGGUGGCCACUUUUGAGUUACAGCUACACUGCAUUCUGACCUCUCGCUUCCAGUUUUGCUGUUAAUGUCAUUGUUACUAUCAGGCUCUGCCUCUACAGGAGUUUGCAUUGGGCCGACAGGGUUGUCUAUGUUUUUGUUCAUCACGAUUUUUGGGUUUCAUCAUCUUGCUUGGCAUUAACUUGUUCUACCUGGAUUUGGGUCCAUCUCUGUGCCCUAAGCAUUUGUUAGGACAGUUUUCUUAUGUAGGUGGAUGUAUGUUUCUUCUUAUGAAAUAAUAGACCCCCCCCCCAAGCUAUCUACAGCUCUGUCUCAGCUCUGUCAAGCCAGUUGCUCAGGUUUUUGUAAAUGCUUUGGUUUGGGAUGUGUGGGAGCAGGAAAGAGAGAGGGAAAGGCAGCUUCACGGGGGCCUCUACCCUUCUGACAAAGGUAGGCCAAGGCAGCCCCACAGAUGCCUGUCCCUUCUGUGUGACAACCCAGGAAAUUGCCACUGGCCAUUAGCUUCACUAGUCAGAGAGGAGGGGUCUGGGGCUGGUUCUCAAGCUUGUCCCACUCUUAAUAGUCAGGAUAGUUAAAUCUUUGGACAGAAUUCCACUUUUCCAACUACCAAAAUUUAAAAAUUCAAAUGCAAGGCUUGCUUUUUUGGGCAAGCGGCCGGAGUAGCAGUGAUUGUUGUUACCUGCCCUGGUACCGCCAGAACGUCGCCGCCGCUCCCUGUCCUCCUGUAUCGCCAGGGAGUAUGGGUGGAUUUCUGGGCUGUGCAGUGGGCCACCUGUGCAGAGCGUCUACCCAGGUGACUAAGACAGCAUCCAAGUCUGUCUCACUUGAAGUUUACUGCAGUGUCCAAAAAGAGUUUCCCUGCUCUGGGGCUGCGUUUCUCAUGCCAGACCGGAGGUGUAGGUUUUGUCUUGAGAUAACAUGUGUAAAGCGGUAUUUCCUUCAUUUCUGACUCUGUACCCUAGAGCCCAAGAGCAGGACAUUAGGGAAGCCUCCACCCUAUGAUAGGGUAGGAAGACCGCAUGCUUCUCCCUGGGUGAGGAGGCCAAGGCAGGUCAUCCUGAUUCUAGGAUGACUUGGAGUGGUAAAGGUCACUCUGAGGAUUGUGCCUUCAAAGAUGAGUUUUGUGCGUUUUGUGGAGGAGGGAUGUGUAAGCUGGGUUGAUGGUGUACAAUUAGUGAGCUAGAACGGGUUAGGUGGGUGGUGGUGGCUCAGUGCCACAGUCAGAAUCCCUGCUUGAGCUGUCACCAACCCCCCCCCCCCCCCCCCCCGGCCACAGGAUGCUGAUGUGACAGACUGCACUUUUCUCCAGCCCACUUGGUGAGCUGGGGGAAGGCUGCUCUCCCUGCACCCUUCCCUCCCUCCAAGUGCACAUCUUUGCUCUUGUGUACAGUUAUGAAUCUGAAACUGUUUACAUCUGUUAGAGAACUUACAUCCUUUAACUUUCCCAUUGUUGAGUACACAUACUGAGCACAGUAUGUGUACAGCCCAAGGUCACAGAUGGCGUGUGAACAGAUCUAACUUGCAGACCAUCGGAAGGAAAGUGUGUCUCCUUUAAGUCGAAAGCCUAACCUCCACUUUGUCCUCAGACUACACCCCAUACGUGCCCUCUGUAUGUGUUCUGUGAAAACCUUUGUUCAUCAUUUUACUCAGAGGAGCAAGUUUCUGGAUCCUGCAUAUCCCUCCAAGUUGCUGAGCUGUACACACAGAGCUUGAGGUCUGGGAGUGUCCUAGUUCCUCAGGGCAUGGUGGCAAUGAACUGUCCAACACUGGUGGGCUUCAAGAAAGGAAAUAGUCUGUAUUGUUGAAGCUUGCUUAUUGGGUUUUUUUUUUUUUUUCUGAGCCUCAGGAUAGGUGUUUCAAAUGCUGUAAUUAAGCAGCAUAAACUUCAGUUGGAGAAUGGGACUUCUUCUAGUUAAUAAAGAUUCCACAUGUAAGGAUAGUUUUCAUCAGUCAUGACACAAUAGUAACACAGGUAUGCCAAAUAAAUAUCUUCUUGAUUCAGAAGAUCUUGCAGGAUCAUGUAGGGCUUUAGGGUCCUCACUAUUGAAUCCCAAAUACUGUUCUGCACGAUUCAGAAGCACCAUACCAUGUAUUGAGAGUUGGCAAGAAUGCCCGGAGACUGAGAUUUUUCUGGUAGGCGAGGGCCAGGUUAGCCAGCUUGCCUCCAUUUUGACAAGCCAUUUUUCACUGUGGCCACUGUUGGAA